AUGGAUAAACAGGAAUUUAUUUCAUACUCAGUGCCGUCGUUAGGGGAGGGGGGGGGCGCGAUGGGACGACGGCCCAGGCCGCCAAAUUUGGGGGGGCCGAUUAGUGGAGGUAUAGGACCAUGUCUCAGUCAGAGCUCUUUGAAAGUUGGUACAUCCGAAACAACGCCAGCCAGUUUGUUGAAGGAACUUGAGGAUAACAGCCGUUACAAGACCUUAGAAGCAAACGCUACACUACUGAAACUUCUCGUUGACGACAAAGGAGGAGUUAGCAAGUCGGAGGUGUUUGACAUGUUGCAUUCUAAAGAUGAUAAUCAUGAUCACGUGGACUUGCCAACGUUCCCUGAAGAUGCGGAGGAAGGUCGAGUGGACGUGAUGGUGGUACCUGACUCACAGGCUGAGUACCUUCAAGCGUCAGAAUCAGUACGUAAGGACUCACGAAGACUCCGUUCAGCAGGCGGGCAAGCUGGGGCCGCUGCUGGGGUCAUGGUGCUAGUGACGUGCGCCAUAGUGGUCAUAGCUUACACCGCGCUCGUCGUGUGGAGGCGAAUAUAUUUAAAGAAGCACGGACUGAAACAUGAAUUGUUACGAAAUGAAGAGAUCGCAGAAACAAGAAUUGAGGUAAUUUAA